AUGGACGCGGCUACUUCGAAGAGACCAACUCCCUCUUCUGCCAUCGAUGACCAUGUCCCUUCUGCGAAGAGACUCAAGACCCUCCCCGAAGAACCUGCGCAGUACAGCGAUGCGGUCCGCAAAAAGCUGGCAUCGACAUCUCGAACAGGACAGGCCUGCGACCGGUGCAAAGAGAGGAAAAUGAAAUGUGACACAGACCCAAUGGCAUGUCAGCCUUGUCGUCAGAAGGCUUUGCGGUGCUACACCACGGAUCGUGUCACCGGGCAAGCACGAGAAAGAGGAGAAUCCCAUCGCGCCGAGAAUGAGCUGAUGUUCUUGAGGGAGCAACUAGCCGCCUACCAGCGCAGAUAUGGCUCUUUGCAGCGGACAGAACCCAACGGCAUCGCACCUCCAGCGACUUCCACAAGUUCAAUGUCCCAGUUCACAUCGUAUUCUGCGUCUCCAACGCCAUCAAGACCUGAUGCGAAAUAUAUCGGUUGGCCUUCCCCAGAUUAUUGUGAACCUCUUUAUUCCGGUCCUGUUAAGGGUACUGUCGUGGACAUUUUGGACGGCAACAUCGACAUUGCAGACUGGGAAUGUGAAAUGAUGAACGACUACCCAAAUGAAAUCAAGGAUAAGUUCAACCUCUCUAGGACAUCGAUUGUUAAUACCAUUUAUGGGUAUCAGCGAGUAGGGGAUCCGAAAUUGCCACCGAAGGAAGAAGCUCUCCGUGACGCCAAUCAUUUCCUGGUCAUAAUGUCACAAUACGUUCCAAUCGUCCACAGACCCAGCUUUAUGGAGCUCGUUAACAGAUUCUACGAGCAGCCGAGCACGUUAAAGGUCGCCGAGCGGAUUCAGGUGGUGAUUGUCUUCACCAUAAUCGCCCAUCAAACGGCGGUGAGAAACCAUCUGCAUUCUGCUGAAAAGUUUGAGGAUUCCCACCGUUAUUUUCACUACGCCCUGGGAUUUUACCGCGAACUCCUCCAUGACCGGUCGCUUGCGUCAAUGCAGGCAAUGGCGUUGAUCAUUAUCCAUUUUCGAAAUUUGCCUAAACCUGGAGUGUCCUGGAACUAUUGUCAUGAGGUCCUGGUACGAGCUAUCGAGCUGGAAUAUCAUCGUGACCCAGACAAGGUCCAACUUCCCGAGGGUGAGAACGAUCCACUAUCAAAGGAGCUUCGGAAACGAGUCUUUCAUUCCAUAUUGGGGGUGUGCGUGACGACAGGCUGCCGGGUGGGCCUCCCAGCGCCGUGGCAGUUCCAGCACAUCGAUAUCCCUUUACCCAGAGCCAUCAAAGAUUCUGAAAUAUCCAAAGACGGUUUUGCGUCGGAAUUGUCAGGUCAAUGCGAGUUUUGGCCCUGUUUACACCUGGCAAAACUCCUACCCCUUCUCACAGAAUUACACAACAACAUUAUUGCCGUGAGGAAGCCCGCAACGGAAUACCUUCAAACCGUGGAAGCGCUAAACACGAAAAUAAUCGCCUGGCGGCAAGACUGGGAUGAGUCGACCAAAAAUGAGCCGAAACACGUCAAUUUACGGGUUGCGACCCUUUUAUUCGAAACCUGGGCUGCCGAAUAUCAGCUAAACUUGCACCAUCCAGUGUGUUGCACUAGUGACGAUCCUGAAGUGAAGGAACGUCAUCUAGAUAUAUGUCAUAAAUCUGCCAAACGUCUCUUGCAAAGCUUUCACCUCCUGUCGAGCCGAUACAAAGGCGUGGAUUUCACGUGGCAUUCUACCUUGGCAUAUGCAACUGGAUUCGGCAUCACCCUGUAUGUCUACAAAAGGAAGGGGCCUGUUACCGUUGAACAAUUCGAGGUCAUGCGGAAUGAACUUAAAGGCUGGACAUCGUUGAUGGCAUAUGCAGACCUUGUCCUGAGAACCGGAAAUCACUUGCAGAGACAAUUUCAGCCUCGCGUGCAAGCCCUUGAGGAUGAGUGUCGAAAGCUGUUGAUUGAACAGCCUCCAACCACCAAAAAUGCUCAAAGUCCACUAAGCCCAGUCAACCUGCUUAAUGCCGGUGGGCCGUUGAAAAUUGAACAGCCCAAUACGCUUCCAUUCCAAGAGAACACCAGCCCAAAUGCAACGAUGCACAGAAAUAGCCUUCCCCAACUGGUGUUCAUGCCAUCCCAAGGGAUACCACAAAGCCAACCACCUUCUCCAUUGACUCACCCACAGCCUCAGCGGCAUUGGGAUGGGUCAUAUCCUUUCCUCCCUCAUCCGUUACCAUCAGGACAAGGGUCUGGGCAAGGAAGUACUGUCACAUCACCCAUAUUUGCCGCAUUCCCUCAGACUCCGAUUAGUGGGCUCUCCACAUCCGUAUCUAUCCCAACAAUUCCCACAUCUUUGGCUUCAUUGCUUAAUGAUUCGGGAAGCCUCUACAUGAGUUAUCCCACGCCACCGCAGAAUCAAAACAAUCUCGGAGGAGCAGCGGCUGGGGCAGGCGGCGACCCACAGAUGAACUUCUCACCAAACCAUUACUUCGACGGCCCAGGCCCAUUGGGCUGGCCGCUGAUUAGUAUGCCACCCGGUCAACAGUCAUAA